UGAUUGAAAUCGAUGUCAUUUCUGACAAAGUGUUUGACGUGUCAAUAUCAAUUCAGGGACCAAAGAGCCUGUAAAACUGCUGGCCCCAGUUGCAAUUCGUGACAAAAUAAAAUAUGUUCCAAUCGGAAGACGCCUCAGACAACAUCGUCGAUACUGAAAUGAAAAGUAUUGCGACUGAAUCGGACCGAGAAAAGCUCAUAUUUUUCGAAAAAAUUGAAGCCGAUGACGAUCAUCGAUUUGUCGACAGGGACUUGUUUGACCGAACGGCCGAAAGUAACACAUCGCCUACGUCACGCGAAAUCACAAUCGAAUUUCUGGAUUCAAGGAAUGGAGAAAAAUUCGAUCGUCUUGUGCGUGACGUGAAAAUUGUGCCACCAUUCAAACGACGAUUGUCGGCUAACAGUUGUUCGAAUAGUCCAAAUUCUUCAAUGAUCGGUAUGGAUGAUGAAGAUGAAACUGGAGCUGCCACUGCCGGAGCAUCAACGAUGCAGCAACUUGAUCGACAAGAGUGUGCUGCACUGAGUCACUCUCCGACGACCACUGUAAUUGCACAUACGGAGAUUGAACAUCAAUUUGACGGUGGAGUCGUUGCCGAUGCAAACGAACAUAAUCUAGGAGGAAACCCUAUAAUGAGCAGCGCUACAACGGACGCAAUUAUUGCCCAUAUUAAACGUCGUCGUUACAAUGUGGAACUUGAAACCCGUCCCGACGUUUUGGCACGAAGGCAGAAACAAAUUGAUUACGGGAAGAACACAAUCGGCUACGACAACUACAUCAAACUGAUACCGAGAGACAAACGAUCAAAAGACGAUCCACGGACGCCACCGAAGGACGUCAAAUACAGUCGCCGUGCUUUCGAUGGAUUAGUAAGAAUUUGGCGCACUAAGCUUCAUCGCUUCGAUCCGCCAAUUGACAGUAAUGAAUCGAACGACAAUCAUGAAGAUUGUGUAUCCAAUUGAGAGAAGAAGAAAAAAAAACGAUGAAGCCGACGUGAUUGCAGGUUUGUUCUUUUUUUUGAUAGAAGCCAGCUCAACGUCUAGAUUACUAUGGGGAAUUGGGAAGCGUUAACAAUUUAUGAGGAAAGGAAAGCCCGAAAGUGAAAUUAUAUUUACACAACUUUUCGACUGCAUUGGUCGCUAAACAUUGUUUAUUGUUACAUUUUGUAAUACUUUUCCAUUGAAUCAAUAGAAUUUUUCAAUAAAACCAUUUUUCAAGUUUA